GGGAGCGGGGCGGGGCGGCGGUGAGCGGCGCGCGGCGCGGCGGAGCUCGUGGGCGUGCGCGGCGGAGCUCGGCUCGGCUCGGCUCGGGGCGAUGGAGAUGAAGAAGCGGUUGACGUUGGAGCUGCGCAACAAGAAACCGGGCGAGGUGAAGGAGCUGGUUCUUGAUAACUGCCGUUCGGACGAUGGGAAGAUCGUUGGUCUCUCUUCAGAUUUUGAGAACCUGGAGUUCCUCAGCAUGAUCAACAUCAACUUGCUGUCCGUCUCCAAUCUCCCCAAACUCAACAAACUCCGGAAGCUGGAGCUGAGUGAUAACAGGAUUUCUGGUGGCCUUGAAGUUCUAGCAGAGAGAACUCCUAACCUGACACACUUGAAUCUAAGCGGCAACAAGAUCAAAGACAUCAAUACCCUGGAGCCCUUGAAAAAGUUGCCAAACCUCCAUAGUCUGGACCUUUUCAACUGUGAGGUGACAAUGCUUAUCAACUACCGGGAGAGCGUGUUCACCCUUCUGCCCCAGCUCACCUACCUAGACGGAUUUGAUGCUGAUGACCAGGAAGCCCCUGACUCAGACCCUGAAGCAGAUGGGGAUGGACUGGAAGAUGAGUAUGAGAAUGGGGAAGAAGGUGAGGAAGAGGAUGAUGACGAUGAGGAAGAUGAUUUGGAUGAAGAAGUCAUUGAUGAUGAAGAAGAUGAAGAUGAUGAUCUGGAAGGUGAAGAGGAGGAGGAUGGAGUAGAUGAUGAGGAGGAAGAUGAGGAGGAAGAUGGUGAGGAUGAUGAAGAAGAUGAAGCUGAUGAUGACCUUCCGCGAGGGGAAAAGAGAAAACGAAAUCUAGAGGAUGAAGGAGAGGAAGAUCCAGAAGACGAAGAGGACGAUGAGGAUGACUGAUCCGAGCGAGCCAAUCAGUUUUACAGACUAUGACUGUGCUUGUCUUAACCUCCCCGUUGUGUCUAUGUGAGACUGUAAAUCCCCGUCUCCCACUCCUCCCCCCUUUGUAUGGCUGCAGCGUCCACAAUAUAUUUUUUUAAGAUGUAGAAUACUGUAGGCAUUCAGGGGAAUCUUCCAUACAAGGCUUACUUUCUCACAAGUAUCUCAUGACCAAAGGCUUUCUCCGUUCUGUGGUUUGUGCAGCAGUUUGCAAAAAAAAAAAAAAAAAAAAAAAAGAAAAAAAAAGAAAAAAAAAUUCCUCCUAGGGUAUCUUUCGUGUCUGAAAUCAGCCUUGCCACACUGGACCCAGAGCUCCAGCUCGCCACCCUGCCUGACAGCAAAGAAGGCGUGUUUGCUAUCCGCAUGCCCUCAGACCAGCUUUCUGAAGACACUUGAGCCAUCUUGAGCAGUGGGUGCAAAUCUGGUUCAUCUAAAUGGACUCAAAGCGAACGAUCACUGAGGUCUCUCUGAUCAGAAAUAAUGGUGAUGUGAUCUCUGGAGAUGCUUGAAGAUACUUUAGUGCUGGGGAUGUGGGGUGCCUGGGGUCUUGGGGAGAGGGGGGGGGUUGGCUGCUUGCAAGACCUGGUACCUCUGACGAUGCACCUUGCAGUAGCCCUGCACUUGCUUUCCUAUUUUUUUAAAAACUGGAAUGUUUUUCCUGGUGGCCACCUAGUAACUUCCACUUGGAUGUCCAAGUAAGUCUGAUUCUUGCGGCUGUGAGCGUCUUUGCUGUGAUGAGGCUUCUCGUCACCCCGUAGCAGCCUCUCCCUUUAGGAAGAGAUAGGAAAUAGCAGGUUAAGGGAUACUGCACUUCUGUCAAACUCCAUUUCGCACUGUACAGAACACGUUCAACCAGUAUCACUGUGAUGCACCUAACUCGGCGUUCCCCGGGAGACCGUGUUAGCCUAUAUAUUCUCAGGGUCCUUCUGCUAGCCAGUACCAGCUCUGGACAGUUGCCUCAGCGCUAGCCUGGUAUCCGCAUCCUCCUCCUCUUUCCUUUUCAGCAUGAAGAAAUGUGCAUUGAUCAGAAAUCCAGCUCUCUCCCACUCGUGUUUAUGCUCUGCGGGAGCACAGAUGGUGCCGCAGAGCGUGUGUCCCCCCACCCCGCGGUGGCUGGAAGGAGGAAGGGGUGGAUUCAGCCAGGUGUAGCUCUCCGCCGGAGGGUUUCUGACCCCUUGCCCACCCUUCCUCUGCCUGGAGGUGUUCAGCCGGCACAUCCGUUGGCUUCUGGGGAGUGCUGGCCCCGUGGCAUCCAAGGGAUGGUAACUGCUCGGUGCUGGGUGCUGGAGAGCUGUGCUGGGGCGGGAGUAACUGCUGUUCCUCCUGCUGUUGAGGCUCUCCACGGGUGCAGACGCACUGGCACUUUGUGGCGUUCCCGGUGGUUGCUCUGGGCAAUCUGUCGGCACCCGGCGCUCGGAGGCGAGACUCGCAGCGGUUCCUUCAGAGGAGGGGUGUGUGUUGCAGCACAUCCGAGUUUCUCUUGCUUUGUUCUGUCCUUGCUGUUGUCUCUUGCAUUGUACAGUAGCUGUAACCAUUCGGAGAAGAACUAGUCCUGUAAAAUGCAAACUGAGUAACUUAUAAAUGUUAAAGGAAUUUUUAAAAGAAAUUUCAGAGCAGCAGUUACUUCUAAUUUUUCCCUGCAUUUUUAGCAGAUCGUAUGGAUUUUAUAUUAGCCUAGUAACUGUCAGGUUUUGAUUGGUCAGACUAGUCCCAGAAAUAAGGAUCUCCAGCCCUUUUGUAUCUUUUGUUACAAAAUUUGGAUAAAACUUUUAAUAAAGACUUCAGUUUUUAAAAAUCCAUUGCAA